GUUGUGUCACUGGUGUUACCGUUUAACAAAAAAGCUCUUAUUUUGAAAUAACAGUCAUGCUGAUGACAUCGCUCGACUUCCUUCUUCCAAUUUUCUGGAGAUCUAUGAAGAGAAGCCAUUGGAUGCAGGAGCGGGUGAAGCGCGGUGGAGCGGCGGUGCUGCUGACGCUGUGCGCGGUGCUCGAGUGCAUAGAAGCGAAGAAGUACUGCUGGUAUUUUGAAGGAGGAUACCCCAUCUAUUUCAUAUGUCGCUCGUAUGAGGAAUGCUGUGGGACUCGCUGCUGCGUCCGAGCGCUUUCCAUCCAGAGACUCUGGUAUUUCUGGCUGCUGCUAAUGAUGGGCGUGCUCUUCUGCUGCGGAGCAGGCUUCUUGAUUCGCCGGAGGAUGUAUCCAUCAGCGCUCAGCGAGGAACCCGCCUUCAACGUGUCCUUCACCAGACACCCGGUCAGCUCGCCAGUGUCGCAGCAGCCGGGCAUGCAAGGCUACGGUGACCCCUGCGGCGCCAUGACGACGGCCCUGACCCCAGCCUACCCGGGUCACAUGAUGAGCUCGUACCCCCCGCCGCCCUCCUACUGCAGUCAUCCGCCGCCCUCGUACGAUCAGCUCUUCAGGAACGGCGAGAAGAAGAGCCUCAGCCGGUCCUCGCAGUGAGACACCGCUCUCGCUCUUUCUGCUGGUCACAGUCUGUUUGACCUUUGACUGGUGACCUGUGGAGGGGCAACGAAGAGAACAGCGGUCCUGAUGGGGUUUGAGACGGACUUCUCUCCUGACGGAGCUCUGAAGAAGCUGUGGAGAUGCCAAGCACACGAGAUACUGAGAGUCUGGACUCUUUCUUUGAGAAGUGGGUCUUGAGGGACAGGAGAUGAAAACACAGCACAUCCAUCCUGAGGACGACCGCACUUCAGAACACAUCCUGAUCUCAGAUGAGCGUUUAUCACAUUACAGCCGCUCAAUAUCAUCCUCCUGAGCCUCUCAAACAUCUGGAAGCCUGUUCAUGCCACUGGAUUAUUAAAAAUAAAUAAAAGAUAAAAAUAAGGUAAUUGACACUUUUCCUCUCGGAAUUCUGACUUUUUAUUUUGCAACAGCAAGUUCAAUUCUGACUUCUUCUUUUUUUAAGAAAGUUUUGUAAGAAAAUAGUUUUAUUGUCAGAAUUAGUCAGAAUGACUCGUGAUUGCAAGUUUAUGUCAAAUAUGAGAAGUCAGAAAUACGAGAUAUAAACUGAGAAAGUGCAAGAAAGGUCAGAAGUGUGACUCGUUUCGCAAUUAUGCCUCCUUUUGUGUGUGUGUGUGUGUGUGUGUGUGUGUGUGUGUGUGUGCGUGCAUGCGUGUUUGUGUGUGUGUGUGUGUGUGUGUGUGUGUGUGUGUGUGUGUGUGUGCGUGCAUGCGUGUUUGUGUGUGUGUGUGUGUGUGUGUGUGUGUGUGUGGCAGAAACAGGCUUCCAUACAAACAGGAAUUUGGCUGAUGUUUUGUUCCUGUCCCAGUGGUUUAAAGGGUUAAUAAACUCUUGUCUGUGUAUUAAUCUGAAAUAGAUGAUGAGUUCACAUGGAGGGAGUCUGCUGAAGUCAUGUUAACUGAGCAAUUUAUUCACAUCUUUUCUGCUUCAUUACAGCCAGAGUGGAUGGGCCAGAAACUGCAGAAGCUCGUUUCGGGUUAAAUGUCUGGUUUUAUUGGAGAGUUCACUCUCGUUAAUGGGCCUCUGAGAGUUUAUCUGUGCAGAUUAAUUACUGGACUACAAUCAUCACUGAAAUAUAAUGAUUCAAAUCCAGUGAGAAAUACAGCUGUAUUCAGAGUCAUUUAGCACAACACCUGCUAGAAAACUACUGGAAUUAGUUUCAGGGCUCUUCAUUAGCACCGAAAACAAUCAGAUGUGAAGCACACACCUGUAAGAGAAACAGGUCAGUUUAGCUCAAAGGGAAUCAUUUAAGAUUGUAAAGGGGAUUUGAACAGAAUCACUGUUUCACGGCUGUUCACGGAGACGCGCCUGCGAUUCACUGAACGAGCCGUUUAACAUCAAA